GUAGUUUUCAAAUCUCGGUCAUUACGAAACUUCAAAACUCGGGUUGUUUUUGACUUUGUUUAUACAAAUUUUCUGACAUUUUGUCGUCUCUCAUUUUUAGUCCACAAUUAAUGGAAUUAGUCCAAGAAAAUCUCUAACUUUCUCCUUGAUUUCUCGUUUCUUCGAAGAAAAAAACUCUAUUUUCUCUCUCACUCUUUGUCUUUCUCAGACUGAUAUCAGCAAUGGGAAAAGAACCACUGCUUCAGAAAGUGGGGAUUCAAGAAGACAUUGAGUCAGAUAAGAGGAUUUGUGUCAACGAUGGAGACGCUGACGGCCCCGUCACUUUUGUUUUACUCUUGACAACCUUCACUGCUCUCUGGGGCAUGUUCUCUUAUGGCACUGCCUCCGGCUAUACAUCACCAGCUCAAACCGGGAUUAUGGAAGGUUUAAAUCUCUCGUUAACGGAGUUCUCAUUCUUUGGGUCCGUAUUAACAAUUGGUGGACUUGUGGGAGCCGCGAUGUCGGGAAGAUUAGCCGAUCUUUUUGGUCGGAGAGGCGCUUUGUGGAUUUCAAACUCAUUUUGCAUGUCUGGCUGGCUUAUGAUCGCCUUCUCUCAGGCGACUUGGUCCCUUAAUAUCGGUAGAUUUUUUCUCGGAGUGGCAUCUGGCGUAACUUCUUACGUGGUACCUGUCUACAUUGUAGAAAUCGCACCCAAAAGAAUCAGGGGCGCGUUCUCUGCGGUUAGCUCGCUCGUGAUGUGUGCUAGCAUCUCCGUCACAUUCCUCGUUGGAUCAGUCAUUUCGUGGCAGAAAUUAGCUCUCUUAAGUACGGUUCCUUGUAUUUUAGAAUUCAUCGGUUUGUUCUUUAUACCGGAGUCUCCUAGGUGGCUGUCUAGAAAUGGUCGGGUAAAAGAGUCCGAAGCUGCACUCCAACGUCUACGAGGAAACAACACUGAUAUAAGCAAAGAGGCUGCAGGAAUCAAAAAAUAUAUGGAACAUCUUAAAGAAUUCAAAGAAGAUGGUUUUUUUGAGCUCUUCAAGCCUCGAUAUUCUCGUGCUGUUACCGUGGGAAUGGGACUGUUAGUACUACAACAACUGGGAGGUCUCAGUGGCUAUACAUUUUACUUGAGCUCGAUUUUCCACAAAGCCGGGUUUCCUAACAACGUAGGAGUAAUGAUAGCGACUGUGGUGCAAUCCACGAUGAGCGUUUUCGGAUUAGUAAUCGUGGAUAAAUAUGGGAGACGACCCCUUUUAAUGGUUGCGACGGGCAUGAUGGGUUUGGGGUCAUUAAUCACAGGAUUCUCGUUUUUGUUUCAGAGCUAUGAUUACCUCCACAAUUACACCCCCAUUUCAACAUUCAUUGGAGUGUUGGUGUUUCUAACUUCAAUCACAAUUGGAAUAGGAGGUAUUCCAUGGGUCAUGGUCUCUGAGAUGACACCGAUAAAUAUAAAGGGGUCAUCCGGGACGCUGUGCAAUCUAACGAGCUGGUCCUCUAAUUGGUUUGUUUCUUACACAUUCAACUUCCUUUUCCAGUGGAGCUCUUCUGGUGUGUUUUUCAUAUAUUCAAUGAUAUCGGGUGUGGGCAUCCUAUUCGUGAUGAAAAUGGUACCAGAGACUCGAGGUCGUUCCCUCGAAGAAAUUCAAGCUGACAUUACCCGAUAAUUUACUUUAUAACGAUAAUUUACUUUGAAAACAUUUAAUGGUUUUUUUUGUUUGGUAUCCAAAUUCCUAUAACUUUAUAUAAGUCUCACUUAUCAAUCAAAUAUCCAUAACUUGCACAUUAACCACUAAAAGAUUGGUUCGUAUUCAUAUUUGUAAGGUUGAUUGUAUUGAAGUUAAACUUGAUUUUGGGUUAA